CAGAACAUGAACAAACACGGAUCUGUGUUCAGCGAUCCCGUUCAUGGAGGGUGGCAGUUUCGGCUGUUUAUUUCUCUGUGUUUCGGUUGAACGCUGGGCAGUUCGACGACUUAAGGAGCCAUUCAUCUUGUGGAUGGUUUUUGCACUUCCGGUCGACAGAUCUCAGAUUAAAGGUUGGCGCUGGGUGUUCACUCUGGUCUUGAGCUCCCAUCUUGGUGAGCUCGGCUGGAGAACCUGGUUGCUGACGGCGUCAUAUUCCUACUCCCUUUGCCGAAUUGACCGUCGGUCACUGAGGUUAGGGAAUAACCAUGACCUGCCAACAUUACUAUCAGUAUAAUUUAUGUAUGUAGUUGUAAAGAUGUAAAGCUGCGCGCAUACUAUAUGUGCUUGGGAUACCAUAUAAGCCGUCGAAAUACGUCGGCGGUCAUCUAUCAUGACUUGCGCUUGGUAGUAGCAUAUCAAAAUGCUGCUCGAGAAAAUAUGCCAUAAUGCUGAGCCGAAGGAUGAA